AUGGGAAUGCCGCACUCGCUCUGUCUUUCCCUCUGCUGCGCACUGGGUGGGCAGGAGGACGCGGUGCUGCUGCGCCACGCGCUGCAGAAGUUCACAGACCGCUUUUGCCAGAACUUCCUGCGAAAGCACCUGGGAGCUGCUGCACUCUCGCAGCAUAAUCUAUUGGACGGCCACAAUCAGCCAUUGCUCUGUCAGGAUCGCAAGCAGCAGCAAUCGGAGCAUUCGGAGGGCGUGGGAGCAGCAGCCCUGGCGUUCGGAGGGCUUUCGUAUGAGGAGUGCGUGACGGCGUUCCUCGCCCCCCAUGCUCGAUGCUGCCUCCCACCCGCCCCACCCAACCUCUCAUCCCUCGUCGCCACCCCUCCCCUUGCUUUCCAAGGUCCUCCUCCUGCUUCCCAAGCUCCUCCACCUGCUUCCCAAGCUCCUCCUCCUGCUUCCCAAGCUCCUCCUCCUGCUUCCCAAGCUCCUCCUCCUGCUUCCCAAGCUCCUCCUCCUGCUUCCCAAGCUGCCCCCUUCUCUGCGGCUGUCGCGUCUACCACGGAGUGCCCAUUCGCCCGUCAUGCCGUCCCUGUUGCUGCUGCCUCCACCGCCGCUGCUUUGCGUUGCCCAGCGAAGCGGCCACGGGGCGACAGCCCCGGCCUGACAGCAGGCCAACCGGUGAGUGGGGGAAACGAGAGCUGGGUGGUGCGAGGCGGGGUGGCGUUUGGCACGGAGCGCCGGCGUCAGUCAGUGGCAGAGCAGUUCAAGCAGCAGGGGGCGAGCAGCCGCGUGCAGGAGACAGAGGAAGCAGCCCUUCUGGAGGCGCUGCUGCAGGAGGAGCAUCGCCAGCAGCAGCAAGGAGGAGCGGGUAGCAGGGCGCAGCGGCGGGUGGACUGGCCCCCCGUUGGGUCGGAGAGUGCUCUUCCAGACGACGUGCUGCUGGGACUCAGCUGUGAGGACCCUGCUUUCAUGCAAGGCACCGCUUUCUCUGCUCCUCUGCCAACCCAGCCACUCACAGCGCUGCCAUUAGCAAUGCUCCCCAAACUCGCUGCUCUGUCUGGCUCCGCUCCUUGCAUUGGGGAUGGUUCCACACUGCAGAGGGUGGAGUGGCCGCGCGUUGGGUCGGAGAGUGCCCUUCCAGACGACGUGCUGCUGGGACUAUGCUGCGAGGGCCCUGCCUCCGCACAACGUGCUGCUCUCUCUGCUCCUCCGCCCACCCAGCCAUGCGCACCCGUUGCUCUUUGUGCCUCCGCUCCCGGCAGCACGAGCAGUUGCAUUGCAGUGGUGCUUGCGGGGAGUACGUGUGGCACUUAG